AUGAGGGUGUUAUCGUCCUCACCUCUUUCGUUAUUUAGCUGUCUUUUUGCUUCUUUUGUGAAUUUGCCAUGUUCCACCCUUCUCAAAACUAAACCCUCAACCACCACAAUGGCAAAACACACACUAAUUCUCACUCUCAUAUUCACAUUCAUAUGUAGCACUAUUCUCCCCAUAUCUCAACAAGAACUUGUGACAGAAUCCUCUAUCCAUGAUCUCCUCAAAAGCAAAGGGUUACCGGUGGGUUUGUUCCCUAAAGAAGUGGAGUCGUUUACUUUGUACGACACAGGGUUGCUAGAAGUGUUCCUACGAGGACCCUGCUUGACGAAAUUCGAUACGAUGGCGUUUUAUGAGAGCACGAUUAGAGCAAACCUUACGUACGGUAGUCUUACUGGCGUUGAAGGGUUGUCUCAGGAAGAGUUGUUUCUUUGGUUGCCUGUUAAAGAUAUUAUUGUUGAUGAUCCGAAAUCUGGGUUAAUCUUGUUCGAUAUUGGACUUGCGCAUAAGCAGUUGUCGCUUUCGUUGUUUGAAGAUCCUCCUGAUUGCAAAUCUGAAGGUAUGUUGAAUUUGAAGAAGAGAUCAAGAAAGGAGAUGGGAUUUGAUGCUCAAAUGUAGGAGCAAAUUUCGUCACCAAACUUAACAACAAUCUUUCACUUUAUUUCAUCUUUUAAUUUUAAUUUUCAUUUCAAUUUUGAUGGUCUAGUUUAGAUUCAGUUUUCCAUAAAUGUUUUUAGGUGAUGGUACCAAUGUAAAUUUUGAAAUCUUCUUCUCUAAUCAGCUAUUAUCUUGUUGGUUUUAUGCUUAA